UAAAAAUAUCUUUUUAAAUGAAAAUAAAGGGUGGAUUUUCAAGCAUAAAGAAUGUUAUUGCAAGAGAGAUUUUGGAUUCUAGAGGUAAUCCAACGGUAGAAGCUGAUGUAAUAACAUCAAAGGGAGUGUUUAGAUCAGCAGUACCUUCAGGUGCAUCAACUGGAAUUUAUGAAGCUUUGGAAUUAAGAGAUGGUGAUAAAUCAAGAUAUCUUGGAAAAGGUGUUAGUAAGGCUGUAGCCAAUGUAAAUGAAAUCAUUAGACCAGCAUUAGUAGGUAAGAAUAUGAAAUAAUGAAUUAGGUAAGAAUGUGACAGAAUAAACAAAAUUGGAUAAAUCUAUUGUCGAAUAAUUAGAUGGAAGUAAAAAUAAAUAUGGAUGGUCAAAGAGUAAAUUAGGUGCUAAUGCUAUAUUGGCAGUGUCAUUAAGUUUAGCCAGAGCAGGAGCAGCUGAAUAGAAUGUUCCACUCUAUUAAUACUUAGCUUAAUUGGCAGGUAAGAGAACAGAUAAAUUUGUCACUCCAGUUCCUUCACUUAAUGUUAUAAAUGGUGGUAAACAUGCUGGAAAUAAAUUAGCUAUGCAAGAAGUAUAUAUAAAUAAAUUAUAAUUUUUAGUUUAUGAUUUUACCAACAGGUGCUAAUUCUUUUAAAGAAGCAAUCUAAAUUGGAUGUGAAGUAUAUCAUAGCUUAAAGAGCGUUAUUAAAUCUAAAUAUGGAUUAGAUGCUACUAAUGUUGGAGAUGAAGGAGGAUUUGCUCCUUCUAUUUAAGAUCCUAAUGAAGCACUUUAAUUAUUAGAAGAUGCUAUUAAAAAAGCUGGACAUACAGGAAAAGUUGAUAUUGGAAUGGAUGUUGCUGCAUCUGAAUUCUUUGAUAAUAAUACUUAUGAUUUAGAUUUCAAAAAUACUAAAAAUGAUGGAUCUAAAAAAUUAAGUGCAUAAAAACUAACAGAAUUAUAUCUUAAAUUUGUAUCAUCACAUCCCAUUGUUUCAAUUGAAGAUCCUUUUGAUUAAGAUGAUUGGGAAGGUUAUGCCUAAUUCACAGCUAAAAUUGGUUAAAAAGUUUAAAUUGUUGGUGAUGAUCUUUUAGUUACCAAUCCUAUUAGAGUUUAAGAAGCUAUUAAUAAAAAAGCUUGUAAUGCUCUCUUAUUAAAGGUUAAUUAAAUUGGAUCUUUGACAGAAUCUAUUGAAGCAUCAAAUCUUUCAUAAAAAAAUGGAUUUGGUGUUAUGGUUAGUCAUAGAUCAGGAGAAACUGAAGAUAACUUUAUUGCUGAUUUGGUAUUAUAUUUAUUCCUAUUCUAGGUUGUUGGUCUAGGAACUGGAUAAAUUAAAACAGGUGCUCCUUGCAGAUCUGAAAGAACAGCUAAAUAUAAUUAAAUCCUUAGAAUUGAAGAAGAAUUAGGAAAUAAAGCUGUUUAUGCUGGAAAAAAUUUCAGAAAUCCAUAAUUAUGAGAGUCAUAUCAUAAAUAAAAUAAAAUAUCAUCAAAUAAUAUCUA